AUGGCCCCCAAGAAGAAGAUCGCCGUCAUGACCUCGGGAGGUGACUCCCCAGGCAUGAACGCUGCUGUCCGAGCUGUUGUGCGCAUGUCCCUUCACAUGGGUUGCGACGCCUACUGCGUCUACGAGGGAUAUGAGGGUUUGGUGCAGGGAGGCGACUUCAUCCGACAGAUGCAGUGGAACGAUGUCAGAGGCUACCUCUCUGAGGGUGGUACACUUAUUGGUACUGCUCGAUGCAUGGCUUUCUACGAGCGUCCUGGUCGCUUAACGGCCGCCAAGAACAUGGUUCUUUCUGGCAUCGAUGCUCUGAUCAUCUGCGGUGGUGACGGCUCCUUGACUGGUGCUGACAAGUUCAGAGCUGAGUGGCCUUCUCUGCUGGAAGAGCUUGUUUCCAAGGGAGAGCUGUCUACAGAACAAAUAGCACCAUAUAAGCAUCUCAACAUUGUCGGUCUCGUCGGCUCCAUCGACAAUGAUCUCACAGGAACCGACGCGACCAUUGGUUGCUACUCAGCACUCGCCCGUAUUUGCGAGAUGGUCGAUUACGUCGAAGCGACUGCCUCUUCACAUUCUCGUGCUUUCGUCGUCGAAGUCAUGGGCCGACAUUGUGGUUGGCUGGCCCUCAUGGCCGGUGUCGCAACUGGUGCAGACUUCGUCUUUAUUCCUGAGAGACCUCGUGAGCAUGAUUGGCAGGAAGAUAUGAAGGUCGUUGUGCGAAGGCAUCGAGACCUUGGAAAGCGCAAGACCAUUGUCAUUGUCGCUGAAGGUGCCCGCGACAAGGAUGGUAACAAGAUCGGCGCCGAAGAAAUCAAGAACAUCCUAGCCGACAAGAGCGAGGGCGGUCUUGCUCUCGAUACACGUAUUACCACCCUCGGUCACGUCCAACGAGGCGGUACUGCCGUCGCAUACGACCGAAUGUUGGCUACCCUGCAGGGUGUUGAAGCCGUCAAGGCUGUCCUCGAAGCUACACCAGAGACCGAGACUCCUUUCAUCGCUAUUAACGAGAACAAGAUUGUUCGCAAGCCUCUGAUGCAAGCUGUUGCCGAGACCAAAGAGCUCGCCAAGGCUGUCGAUGCCAAAGACUUCGAGAAGGCCAUGUCUCUUCGUGACGCCGAGUUCGCCGACCAAUGGGGCUCGUAUAUGUUGACCACAAACGUCAUGCGUAUGCGAAUUGGCUUCAUCAAUGUUGGUGCCCCUGCUGGUGGCAUGAACGCUGCAGUACGUGCUGCUGUUGCGUACUGUCUUUCCAAGGGCCACGAGCCUCUGGCUAUUCACAACGGUUUCGCUGGAUUUGCGCGACACCACGAUGACAAGCCUAUCGGCGCUGUCCGCCCAUUCGACUGGCUCGAGGUUGACGGCUGGGCAAGCAAGGGCGGUUCCGAGAUUGGUACAAACCGAGAACUUCCCGGCGAGUCUGGUAUGGAGUUGAUCGCCAACCUGAUCGAGGAGCACCACUUUGAUGCUCUAUUCCUUGUUGGUGGUUUCGAGGCCUUCCACUCCGUUUCACAAAUGCGCAAGGCCAGGAAGGAAUACCCUUCUCUGUGCAUCCCCAUGGUUAUUCUCCCCGCCACCAUCUCCAACAACGUUCCCGGAACCGAGUAUUCUCUUGGCUCAGAUACCUGCCUGAACGAGCUUGUCAACUACUGUGACAAGAUCAAGCAAUCAGCGUCUGCUACCCGCCGUCGUGUCUUCGUUAUCGAGACUCAGGGUGGUCGCUCAGGCUACAUCGCUACCCUGGCUGGCCUGGAUGUUGGUGCCUCCGCUGUCUACAUCCCCGAGGAAGGUAUCUCUCUUGAGAUGCUCAACUCCGAUGUUAACCACCUCAAGGAGGUUUUCAAGAAGGACAAGGGCCAGUCCCGUGCUGGACGUCUGAUCCUCGUAAAUGAGAAGUCCAGCAAGGUGUACAAUGCUAAGCUCAUUGCGGACAUCAUCCGAGAGGAGGCUCACGAUCGGUUCGAGAGCCGAGAGAGUAUCCCCGGUCACGUCCAGCAGGGUGGUGUUCCUUCUGCUAUGGAUCGUUGCCGAGCUGUUCGCCUGGCUAUCAAGUGCAUCCAACAUCUUGAGGGCUUUGGACGUAACGCUCACAACCACGUUAAGAAGGACCCCAAGAGUGCCUCUGUCAUUGGUAUUCAAGGCUCCGAGGUCGUGUUCAACGCAAUGGAGGAGCUAGAGGAGCACGGGACAGAUUGGCCCAACCGAAGACCUGCGACUGCCCACUGGUUGGGUCUGUCAGAGGUAGUAGACAUGUUAGCUGGCCGUCCUGAUUACCCUAAGCCGGAGAAGAGCUUGACAGGGUUGAUCGCAAAGGACACAAAACGUGGUCUGUAG